GUGCGUCAUUUGGUCAUUGAUGGACCGACGAAAAAUAACAUUCUUCGCUGCAAGUCGAGCCUGCCGGAUCGGCUGACUCGUCUUCUCAUUCAGGACAUUGAACAGCCCAGUCAAGAGGAUAAAAAGCCCAUUCUGUACUCGGCCAAGCCAUUCAGGAGGGACUAUGAACAAGUGCGAGCUCUGCUGAACGCAUCGAAAAGCAUGAUCGCCUCUACAGCCUUCUAG